AUGAAGAGACAUAUUGUAAUUUGGAAAGACUGUGAAGAAGACAGUUCCUGCAUUGAGUGUCGUCUCGACGAUUCCAAGGACUGCAUGCUUUGGUUAACUUUCUCAGAAAACUUAUUAAGCUUGGCCUUCUACAGUGUCGAUGAAAAUGCUUACUACUUCUCAAUUUGGUUCACCAACUCUAAGGAGAAAACGAUUGUUUGGAUGGCUAACCGCGACCAACCCGUCAAUGGAAAGGGCUCCAGAAUUUCUCUUCUGGGAGAUGGUUCCUUUGUCCUGACAGAUGUCGAUGGUUCGACCACGUGGGAGACCAACACCAGCACCACAGAUGUUCAAAGGGCAGAGCUUUUGAAUAGUGGGAAUCUUGUUCUUAAGGACUCCUCCGGUAAAAUUCUUUGGCAAAGCUUUGAUUUCCCGACGGAUACACUUCUUCCUCACCAACCCUUUACCAAAACUAAGAAGUUGAUUUCCAGGUUAGGAAGAGGAAAUUAUGCUGCUGGAUAUUUCAACUUUAUUUUUGACAAUGACAAUGUCUUGAGAUUGAUGUAUGAUGGGCCUGAUAUAUCAAGCGUGUAUUGGCCUAAUAUUGAUCUUGAUGUGUUCCAAAAUGGGAGAACAAACUAUAAUAGUAGCAGAAUUGCUGUUUUAGAUGACAUGGGAAGGUUUUUAUCAAGUGAUGGGUUGGAUUUCAGUGCUUUCGACUCGGGUUUUGGGGUCAAGAGGAGGUUGACAAUUGAUUACGAUGGUAACCUCAGGCUCUAUAGCCUGAAUAAUGGGUCAGGAUUAUGGACCAUUACAUGGGAAGCUAUUAUGCAACUUUGUUCAGUGCAUGGGCUUUGUGGGAAGAAUGGGAUCUGUGUUUAUUCACCAGAACCAAAGUGCUCAUGCCCUCCUGGAUAUGAGAUGGCCGAUCCAAGUAAUUGGAACAAAGGUUGCACGCCUAGGUUUAGUAGAACCUGUUCACAGUCCCAGCAGGUGAAAUUCUUGAAGAUUCAACAUGUGGACUUCUAUGGAUUUGAUUCCUCUUACAAUGAACGGAUAUCAUUAGAAUCUUGCAAGAUGAAAUGCUUGGAAGAUUGCCAGUGUCAAGCUUUUAGCUAUAGGCUAUCUGGGGAAGGAAGAUGCUACACUAAAGCUGAACUUUUCAAUGGCUACAAGUCUCCAAAUUUCCCUGGUGCCAUAUAUUUAAAAUUGCCUUUGAGUAUAGAAACAUCAGAAGCCGUCAUUCUCAAUGGCACUAAUCAAACAUGCAAUGCAACUGAAUCUACAACAAUAAUAAGGUCUUCUUCUAUGUAUGAAACAAGAGGCAAAAGGGUGAGAUGGGUUUAUCUAUACUCAUUUGCCUCUGUUAUUGGUGCAAUUGAAAUGCUCUUCAUAGUGUCAGGUUGGUGGCUUCUUUUCAGAAAACAUGGAGUGCCAGAAGUGGCGGAAGAGGGAUACCGUGUGAUAUCUAGUCAAUUCAGGAAAUUCACUUAUGUCGAACUCAAGAAGGCAACCAAUAAUUUCAAAGAAGAACUGGGUAAAGGAGCCUCCGGAACUGUAUAUAAGGGGGUCCUGGCAGAUGAAAGGGUGGUUGCUGUAAAGAAAUUGGAAGAUGCGUAUCAAAUAGAGGAAGUUUUUUGGGCAGAAGUGAGCACAAUUGGAAAGAUCAACCACAUGAACCUAGUGAGAAUGUGGGGAUUUUGUUCAGAAUCUAGACAUAGACUCUUGGUCUAUGAGUACGUGGAAAAUCAGUCUUUGGACAAACAUCUUUUCUCAGGAAAUGUGCUUGGGUGGAAAGAGAGGUUUAAAGUUGCCUUAGGGUCAUCUAAAGGUUUGGCCUAUCUUCACCAUGAGUGCCUAGAAUGGGUUACACACUGUGACGUGAAGCCUGAAAAUAUACUUCUAGAUGGUGAAUUCGAACCCAAAAUUUCAGAUUUUGGACUAGCAAAGCUGUCUCAAAGGGGCAGCAAUAAUUCUGAAUUCUCCAGAAUUCGAGGAACAAAAGGUUACAUGGCUCCUGAGUGGGCAUUAAACCUUCCAAUCACAGCAAAAGUAGAUGUGUACAGUUAUGGGGUCGUGAUUCUGGAGUUGGUGAAAGGUAUACGGCUCUCCAGUUGGGUGUUGGAGGAUGGCGAGGAGCAGGAAACUGAAUUGACGAGGUUUGUCAGGGUAGUCAAAAGAAAAAUUCACUGUGAAGAGGCUGCCUGGAUAGAGGAUGCCGUGGACAUAAGAUUGAAUGGACAAUUCAGCAGAAUCCAAGCAGAGAAAAUGGUUGAAAUUGGAAUUUCUUGUGUAGAUGAAGAUAGAAGCAAGAGACCAACAAUGGAUUCCAUAGUCCAAGCUCUAAUGGAAUGUGAAGAUGAAGUUAAGGUCCCGAUCACUUCUGAGAAUCGUGGCAGAACUUGAGCAAUAAAUUUCUUUUCUGCUCAGUUUUAUUUUCAAGGAAUCUAGUGUUUAAAUUUGCAAAUUGUAACCCGAAGUCAAUAAAAAUGCUUUCUUUCAACUAUAGGCAGGCUUAGUUAACCAGGAUCAUAUUAAUAGAAUCUGACAGUCCAAAAUUUUCAAUUUCACCACCCUGUCCGUGCCCAGGACUCAGCUUACUCGGAUCUUAUGACUUUGAGGGUAAGUUUAGUUGGUAAAAAGGACACCAUUUUUCAGCACGAAUCCAGACUUUUAUCACUGAGGUAGAACCUGUUCCUUCAAACAUAGACAGAAAAUGAGAUCCAUCAGUUGACUUGCCCUUCAAACAUCUCAAAAAGCAACUGCCCAAGGGAUAAACUUACUGAACUGUAAAGCAGUUGCCUUUCACACAUGAACAUGCAGGCACAUUUGCAGCAAGGUCAACCUGAUUGAAGAUAUAUAUGUUUUUAUAGAACUGAUUGAUAUGCAUUCUUUGUAUCCCUAUCAUUUUAUUUCCCCCUUGAGUUUAGCUAUAAGAUUAGGAAUUUAAAAGAAAAAAAGUUAACAGCCGUUUAUGUCUUAUCAUGUUAUAACAUCAAUUACACCACGCAAGUAGACUGCAAUGUAUGAACAAAAAUAAGCCACCAAAGUGGAAAAUAGAUAAUGACACUAGC